AUGUUAAAUAUAUUUAAAAAUGCCUUCUCAAAGAAGCUGAGACAAGAUUCACAAACUAUUCAAUUUGAACAGUUUGAUCAAUUCUAAUUGGAAGAACCUUAAGUAGAUAAUAAAGUACCCAUUGAUUUUUAAAUUAUUGAUGAAGAAGCAAUGAAAAUUAUUGAAGAAGAGUAUGAUAAUAAAUAGCAGGUUCAAUCAGUACACUAAGAAGAGUAAUAAUUUUAAGAAGAUCUUAUUGAUUAUGAAGUGAAACCUGAUGAUUCAUUAUAUGGAAUGGCAAUCAAAUUUAACGUUUGUGAAGACUACCUAAUGAGAAUCAAUAAUUUGUCAAGUGACUUAAUAUUCUAAGGUUAAUUCAUAAGAAUACCCAAGAAAAAUGAGAAGACAUUUCCAGUUGUUCACAUUCAAGAAGAAAGGGAGAAAUUAGAAUAUUUAUGGAACCCUGAGGCUAAUUCAUUAAGAUUUGAUGUAGUAUAUUGUAACAAUAUAUAAAAUGUCUAAGGAUAGUUGACUCUGGCAUCUGAUUUAAUCCUAUUCAAUCCAGUUCAAUAAGAUCAUCUAGUUGAUAACCAUUAGAAAUUAAGAUUCCAAGCUUGCAUCUCAAUGAGUGAUAUAAAUGAAGCAGUUUAUUAUGUCUUACCUAAUAAAUAUGGUCAUUUAGACUAUAUUGUGCAAAUAAUGCUAUCAGGGAUAGGAAAGCCAAAAUUUGAGAAGAAACACAGAAAACAAUUAGACAAACUUAAAGAGUAAAAAUAAAGCAUUGCUACAGUGUUUUUUAGACAUGCUGAAAGAGACUAUGAAGGGAAAUUGUAUGCUGAAGAAAUCAAAAAGGAAAAUUGCAUUACAAUGGCCAGGUUCAUCACUGAAGCCUGUUCAACUUAUACAGCAGCUGUAGAAUUAACUCUUUUACCAUUUGUAGAUUUCAUUUAUGAUCUUGCUUAAAAAUAGAAUUUAAAUGUGGAUGUAGAUGAAAUCUCAGAUGUUAUUGGGCAGCGUAUGGGCAAUUUAUGGGCUAGUUUGGAAUAUGUUCCAAUUUUGACAGGAAACUCCAAUUGCUUUACCAAUACAACGUUCAAAUAAGUCAUUUAAUCUAUACCGGCUAUAUAUAGAUUAGCUAAUUGGAAUAAGCUUUACGAUAUUGAUAUUGAUGGAUCCAGUUAUCAUAACAUGCUUCAGUAAAUUAGAUAAAUAUUUCCCAUGUUAUUAAUAAUCAAAGAUUUUGAUCUUAAUAUUUUUGGUGUAUACAUUUCAAGCGAAAUUAAUAAAUACUUCCAAGGCUUUAAGGGUAAUGGUGAAACCUUUUUAUUCAAUGUCGAUUCAAAAAAUGAAAUUAGGACAUUUGUUUGGACUGAAAAAAAUAAAGAUUUUAUUUUCUGCGAUGAAUCUGGUAUAGGAAUAGGAUGUGGAGAUAAAUUUGGUCUCUUUAUAGAUUAAAGUCUUUCAUUUGGUUAUUCUAACCCUUGUUCCACUUUUGAGAACCCAAGAUUUACUAAUGAAGAGAAAUUUGGAAUAAUGCAUAUGGAACUAUGGGCUAUUGAGCAAUAAUGA